CCCUCUCUCUCUCUCUCUCUCUCUCUCUCUAUAUCUUUCUAGCAAACCAUCCUUGUCUUGAAGAGAGGAAGGAAGAGAGAUAGUAGGAGGGAGCAUAGCGAGGAGAGAGAAAUGGCAAGCAUUGCUGGUACAUGUUCGUCUGGUUUGAUCUUCAAGACCAAAGAAUCGGGAAGUAAUGGAGCUUCUCUGUUUCAAUACAAUGGGCUCAGAGUAGUUGAGAAGAAGCAACUUGCUUCAGCUGGGCAUAAGCCAAAUGGGUUCAUUUCCAAUCCAGCUGCCAAAUGCAGAAGGAUCAGGGCCGUGGCUUCUCCAACUGUUUCAGCUCCCAAGAGAGAAAAGGACCUCAAAAAAAGGGUUGUCAUAACAGGAAUGGGGCUUGUUUCUGUUUUUGGCAGUGACAUUGAUACAUUCUAUGAUAAACUCCUCGAGGGACAGAGUGGAAUCUCCCUAAUAGACAGGUUUGAUGCUUCAACCUUCUCUGUUCAGUUUGGGGGUCAGAUUCGCGAUUUCUCCUCCAAAGGCUACAUUGAUGGGAAGAAUGAUCGCCGUCUAGAUGAUUGCUGGAGGUACUGUUUGGUUGCAGGGAAGAGGGCCCUUGAUGAUGCCAGCCUUGAGCAAGCAGUCCUAGAAACAAUGGACAGAACGAGAAUUGGAGUCCUAGUGGGGACAGGAAUGGGAGGCUUAACAGCUUUCAGCAAUGGAGUUGAAGCUCUUAUUCAAAAGGGGUACAAGAAGAUAACUCCUUUUUUCAUCCCUUAUUCAAUCACCAACAUGGGGUCGGCAUUGUUGGCUAUAGAUACUGGCUUAAUGGGGCCAAAUUAUUCCAUUUCAACGGCUUGCGCAACUGCAAAUUACUGCUUUUAUGCUGCUGCGAAUCACAUAAGGAGGGGUGAAGCAGAUAUCAUGGUAGCAGGUGGGACAGAGGCUGCCAUUAUGGCCACCGGAGUGGGUGGUUUCAUCGCUUGUCGGGCCUUGUCUCAGAGAAACAAUGAACCUCAGAAGGCUUCAAGACCAUGGGACAAAGACCGUGAUGGUUUUGUAAUGGGAGAGGGAUCUGGCGUGCUGAUUAUGGAAAGCUUGGAACAUGCUUUGAAAAGAGGAGCUAACAUAAUUGCAGAGUACUUGGGAGGUGCGGUAACAUGUGAUGCUCAUCACAUGACUGAUCCUCGGUCAGAUGGCCUCGGUGUUUCCUCUUGCAUAACCAAGAGUCUAGAAGAUGCUGGAGUUUCCCCUGAAGAGGUGAACUAUGUGAAUGCUCAUGCAACGUCAACCCUUGCUGGGGAUCUGGCAGAGGUUAAUGCCAUCAAGAAGGUCUUUAAGGAUACGUCUGAAAUGAAGAUGAAUGGGACCAAGUCAAUGAUUGGACAUGGCCUUGGAGCUGCUGGUGGAUUGGAAGCUAUUGCAACUAUAAAAGCAAUCAACACUGGCUGGGUGCAUCCAACAAUUAAUCAAUAUAACUUGGAGCCUGAUGUUACUAUCGACACUGUCCCAAAUUUGAAGAAACAGCAUGAAGUAAAUGUUGGUAUCUCUAACUCAUUUGGUUUUGGUGGGCACAAUUCUGUGGUUGUUUUUGCUCCCUUCAGGCCCUAAAUAAGGCUCAAGGACAAUUUCUGAACAUUUUUCUGUUUGAAUGAUUGAUUUUGCGAUAGUUGUUUGAAGCAGAGAUGAGAUAAAUUGAGUAUCAAAAUUAUGUAUGCUGUGAGGAAUUGUGGUAGAUUGUUGCACUUUUCACCAUUUUCAUACCAUCGUUUCAUUUGUCUAAUGAGGAUGAGAUUCUCGGUUUUUCAUGAAUAAAAUUGCCAUGGAACUUUAUCAACCCUGUUCUUGUCUCUUUGGGGCACU